GCUUUAUAGUCGGAAAGCAUACCUGCAAACAAGACUGUCGAGGAUCUUCACAACAAUGUGUCUUUCAGAUUUGUAGAAUUAAAGCUGGCCCCAUUUAACUGUAGGGCAUAGAAGAAGGUCAACCAUAGAAUAGAAUUCGUCAGCAGAAUAUUAAAAUCAGUGGAAAUCUUCAGCUGUGCAAUGAUAUGAUUUCUAGCAGUUGGAUCUGAAGGAUUGUCAGAUGUCUGCAGUGCAUGUGACAUGAAUUCUUUUAAUACUUUUAUGAGACACCGAUACAGUCUGUUGAUUUUCAUGUGAAUGCUCUUUUGGGUCUAUUCAAUAUUAAGCAAUUGAUUCUGAAGACUGAAGUAGAAACCAUCUGGCAGAUAUAAACUGUACGUGUGACCUAGUGAUACAUGACAUAACAUGAGUGCCUUGCCGUGCUAACCAGAUGCGAAGACGAUUGUAAGAGAACCACUCCAACUCUUUAAUGUGGUUUUAUCAAGACCUGAUGACACCAUGACAUCGUAGACAGCAUCCAGAAUCUAGGACACUAGGCCUGGAUACCAGGUCAGAACUGUCUUGAAGGAAGAGGAGUACAGGUACCUGACUGAAGGGGAGACACCCCAGCUGAAGAUUCUCUUGGUUGUGGAAGACAGGAUCAAAGGAAGAUGAUUAACCUGGAGCACUUGACGGAGGAGGAGCGGAAGAUCAUCAUGGAUGUCUUACAGAGGGAUGAGCAGCUCAGGCAGUCGGAGCAGGAGAGAGUCAAAAAACUGAAAACGGAACUCCACGAGCUGCGAAAGAAGUCCGCAGUCAAGGUCGACGAUGACAGCUUAGAUAGCGGGAAGAAGGUCUGUGCCAGAUGUCGGGAACCGCUCGGUACAAUAUUCAACUCGGGAGAAGUCUGCCCGCGUUGCCAGCACAAGGUCUGCUCCAACUGUAAGGUCGUCCUUCCCAACAGCAAGAAAUGGCUGUGUACAAUCUGCAAUAAACAAUUACAAAUCCGACUAGAAUCUGGAGAGGCCUUUGGCCCAAAGAGAGAAGGACAGCCAGGAGCCUAUGGUACAGAACUUAUAAAGAUAUCACUAGGACAAAGCAAGACUGUACUUGAACCAAACAUUCAAGUCAACGGUGGUCCGCAGAGCCCUGCAGACUCGGGUUUCCACGGUCGAGGUAACAACGUACCGUCAGUAGGCGGGAGCACCACAUUUGACGAGGACUACCCUAGUGAUCUCAGCUACGAGCAGAGUAUGGUCUCUGGCGUAGAGAGCAUCGGACCUAGCGUCUCUCAGCGGGGCAGCAUCGCACGCCACAGCCAUGGAGCACCGAUGAACCACGAUGAUAACACCAUUGUAAGGAAUGACGUCGAAGGAGGGAUGUAUGGAUCGGCUGACAUCACAAUGGAGCGUGUCUCUCCAUCUACCACCAGAAGAAGCAGGCAAUCAGGUACGAUUUAUAACUAUUUUUCUUUCUUCAUCAUUGUUCACUUAACACCACCCUCUCUAUCUUUUCCAAGCAGGCAACUCCAGUAAGUGCAGUAGAUAUUUGUUGGAUGUAUUAUUUAUGUCAGUAAUUAGAUUAUCUACGUGUUUUGCUAAUUCAUUGAUUUCACUUGCAACCCAAACUUUUGCGCAUAGUGACCUCAUACGACGCCUUCCCUUCUGUGCAAUUCAUGUGAAUCUACCAUACUUCGUCUUUUGAUUUUGCUCCUGUCGAGACAAGAUGUGUCACUUGAGUCGCUCUUUCUAAAUUGCUUAAGUUUGCGCUUUUGGUUACUUUUCAUAUUACCUUUCCCUCCUUUAUUGGUCAGUUAGAUUUGUGGGGGUUUAGUUUCUUGUAAUUCAAUUCCUUGUCCCUUGCUCUGGUGACAAGCAUAUAUCGUCUGCAUGCUGAUAAAAACUUGUAUCCCAAAUUUGGGUGAAAAUCAGGUUUUGGGGCGAAUGUCUAAUACCCCUUUCAUAAACCCAAUUAUGCGGCUAAUAGCAGCAUAAUUUGGUCGUAAAAUCGGAGGAGGACCAGAGUUAUCCGCAUUAUUUUGAUGCUGCAAUUAUCCGCAUAAUAGCGGCAUCAGGACCAGAUUUUGACUUUAUGAACGCAUUUCAAAGUAAUGCAGAUUUUUUGCCAUGGUGCGGUCACAAGGUCACCCUUUGCCAACACAACCGCAUCGGAGAGGGUGUGUGCGGUUGCCAUGACGAUUAUCCGCCUUUUUCAGGACGGGCGCUCGUAAAAAUAGUGCGGAUUAUUUUCGGAGUUUGUGAACGCAAUUUUUGUCUCACCUGCAUAGCAGAGUGAGACUAUAGGCGCCGCUUUUCCGACGGCGACGGCGGCGGCGACGGCGGCGGCGGCGUCAACACCAAAUCUUAACCUGAGGUUAAGUUUUUGAAAUGACAGCAUAACUUAGAAAGUAUAUGGACCUAGUUCAUGAAACUUGGCCAUAAGGUUAAUCAAGUAUUACUGAACAUCCUGCCUGAGUUUCAUGUCACAUGACCAAGGUCAAAGGUCAUUUAGGGUCAAUGAACUUAGUCCAUGUUGGGGGAAUCAACAUCAAAAUCUUAACCUAAGGUUAAGUUUUUGAAAUGUCAUCAUAAAUUAGAAAAUAUAUGGACCUAGUUCAUGAAACUUAUACAUAAGGUUAAUCAAGUAUCACUGAACAUCCUGCAUGAGUUUCACGACACAUGACCAAGGUCAAAGGUCAUUUAGGGUCAAUGAACUUUGGCCGAAUUGGGGGUAUCUGUUGAAUUUCCAUCAUAACUUUGAAAGUUUAUGGAUCUGAUUCAUGAAACUUGGACAUAAUAGUAAUCAAGUAUUACUGAACAUCCUGUGCAAGUUUCAGGUCACAUGAUCAAGGUCAAAGGUCAUUUAGGGUCAAUGAACUUUGGCCAAAUUGGGGUAUUUGUUGAAUUACAGCCAUAAAUUUGAAAGUGUGUUGGUCUAGUUCAUAAAACUUGGACAUAAGAGUAAUCAAGUAUCACUGAACAUCCUGUGCGAGUUUCAGGUCACAUGAACAAGGUCAAAGGUCAUGUAAGGUCAAAGAACUUUGGCCACGUUGGGGGUAUUUGUUGAAUUGCCAUCAUAUCUCUAUAAGUGUAUUGGUCUAAUUCAUAAAACGUGGAAAUACGAGUAACCAAGUAUCACUGAACAUCUUGUGCGAGUUAUAGUAGUUUUCAAAAUCAGCACUGCUGCUAUAUUGAAUCGCGUGAUGCAGGUGAGACGGCCAGAGGCAUUCCACUUGUUAUUGAAUUAUCCGCAUUACUCUUAAGCGACUAAUUGGAGGAUGGGUUUACGAAAGGGGUAUUAGUGAUCAGUCAGGUGAAGCCCUGUCCAAAUCCAAGCUCCCUUAGUUCCCAAAAUCAAACCAUUAUAGCUUGUGAAAGGAAAGGCAGGGGGGGAAAUAAACAUGGGCGAUUUCAUCCCCGAAUACUCAAAGAGCCCUGGAAAAUCCCCAUUCAUUGCAAAGUUAAAGCUUAUCCAAUUUUGUAGAUUUAGGCAGUAAGUUGUGAAAAGUAGUCCAAGAAGUAAAAAAAAAAAUUUUGCCUGAGGAAAGGUGAUCCCAUUUAGCGCCAUGGCCACCAUGUUUUUUGGUGGAUUUUUCCUGAACAUUCUUUCAUUUAUGAGGUACUAGGUUUUACCAGCCCACUGACUAUAUAUGCUAUUCAUCAAUGUUAAUCCUAACACUUAUCCAUUAAUAUCCUUAUUAUUCUGACCCUCAAACUCUAUCAAAACCGUAAGCUCUUUCUACAGAUCAGUUAUAAGAUGGGCAAUAAUUCUGAGACCUAAGGAUGGGUUUUUACAAGUUAUAAAAUGUCAAUAUAUUACAUGAUAUAGCAUCAAUUGGCUGUCAAAUAAUUGUAUCUCAAAAUUAACAAUUUGAGGGCAGCU